CAAGAAAAAUAAACUGAAGGAGGAAACUUUCUCAUCAGAAAUUAUUUACACUUACAAAUCUUCUUCCUCCUUACCUCGGAUGAAAGAAAGGAGACUGACUAAAGAAUUGCAGAAGAGAAAAGAAAAUAAUGGAGAGCCUAACAGAAGAAGAACUGAUGCAAAUGGUGAGAGACUUCAAUGAAUCUUAUUCAUCAGACUCCUCCUCAGCAGCUCCCAAUUCAAACCCUCUCUCCCCCACUCGUCAACCCAAAUUUCUCACUUUACAGGACUUGGUAUGGAAGGCAACAGAUUGUGAGAUUGAGAUUCUUCAGAAAAUCUUGAAGUAUUUGAGAGACAUGGGGGCUGUGGUGGAACCCAACAAUCUGAAAAAUAAAUGCGUUGUGAUGAAACUAAAUGAGGAUGGUUAUGAAGCUUCCCUUUGCAAAACUUCAUGGGUUUCAUCUUUGAGGCUCUCUAAAGGUGGAUAUGAAUAUGUUGAUGUAAUGGUGAGGGAGAAGAAGAACAACAAUGUUAAAGAUGGUGGAAAAGUGACAAGGCUCAUAGUAGACAUAGAUUUCAGGUCACAAUUCGAAGUGGCAAGACCUACACAGAACUACAAGCAGCUCAAAGACACUCUGCCCACCAUUUUUGUUGGGACUGAAGAGAAACUUGACAAGAUCAUAUCUCUCCUUUGCUCAGCUGCAAAGCAAUCUCUCAGGGAGAGUGGCCUCCAUAUUCCUCCUUGGAGACAAGCCAGCUACAUGCAGUCCAAGUGGCUCUCCAAAGACUGCAAAAAAAUAUCUAUCUAACCCAAAAAAAUGUUGAAAGGGAUAAUUUUGGAUACUGCACUUUGAGGUACUACUAGCCAAUUAUUUUGGUGUUUUGAGGUCUUUUCGUUUGUCGUCGCAGCUUUCCGGUCAAUAUCACAUAAUGUUGCUUUAUAAGAUAAGAGCACCGCGUGAUAGUUA